AUGUCGCCCCAUCCUGUAUUUUGUCAGGACCGGAGGACAGCAUUGACGAAUCGCAAAACAAUAGGCUGGCGCAGAAGAAAUCUUUUUCGGCAAUCACAGUGCGCAAGGGAUCCAUUGAAAGAAUGGAAACCGGCCCCAAAGCCUGCGAUCCAACCUAAUGCACAUAGGAAACUGAUUGAGACCCUGGGCAUGGAAGAAGGCCUUCAAGAAACGAACAAUGGAAACCUGAUGGUCAUCCCGCAGCACGUUGAAGCGAGAACGGCAGCACCCACCGCAACCACGCUUAGCCCCGAGAAGUACAGAAAAGCCUCAUUUCCUUCAACUGCUAGCAGACCGAAGAUAGUUGAUUUGCGCAAUCAUGACAACUUUAACCAAUCCAUAAAGAGAAACAAGAGCUACGAAAAGACACAUAGACGAGCACACUGGUCACGCUCAUUGUGA